GCUACAUAGAGUUCUUUACUGCACACGUUGCUCAUUUUGCUCGUGGAUGUGGAGAAGUCUGCACGUCUGUCAUAUACCCACCUUUUCCUUGUUGUCGCCCGUUCUUUUCUGUUACUCUUUGCUUAGAGGAAGAACUACUGUUCUCUAUCAUCUGUUUGUAAUCAGUACCAUCAUGGUCAUGGUCCAUGUUUCUGUUGUCCUAACUCCGACGGGCCCGUUCAAUUUCCCUCAGAGUCUUUUCCUAUGUUCCUACGUUUUAUUCUUUGCUGGUGCCGCUAUUAUAACGAUCCAGUACUUGGGUUGAUGCCGUUAGCUACUCGUGUAUUAGUCAGCAUGAAAUUUGCGAUCGAUGAUUGGCC